AAUCGCUCGGGAUAGGUAUCGGCUAUAUUUUCAUUAAUAUUUAAAUUAAGGAUUAUAGUGAUGCCGCUGUGUUAAUUCGUGAUAAACGCGAUUCUUGUUGUGAAAAAUAAAAGUGAAAAUGUUUAGAUGAUCUUCAAGAUUCUUAUAAACAUUGGUUUUUAGUGCCUGGACCGAUUCAUUAUUCACUGAAAAUUCCCAUUAUGGAUAACGAGCAGCCACACCAGGAGUUGGUGAAAUGUGUGGUGGUAGGGGAUACAGCUGUUGGCAAGACGCGGUUGAUAUGCGCGCGCGCAUGCAACAAACACGUCUCACUGUCCCAGCUGAUGACCACGCACGUGCCAACAGUUUGGGCGAUCGACCAGUAUCGCAUCUAUAAAGAUGUACUGGAGCGCUCAUGGGAAGUCGUAGACGGAGUCAAUGUUUCCCUCAGACUGUGGGACACUUUUGGAGACCACGAGAAAGAUAGAAGAUUUGCUUAUGGAAGGUCGGACGUUGUACUGCUGUGCUUCUCGAUCACCAACCCAAUAUCACUGAGACACUGUGGAGCGAUGUGGUAUCCAGAAAUAAGACGUUUCUGCCCAAACACACCAAUAUUGCUCGUGGGAUGUAAGAAUGAUCUUCGCUAUAUGUACAGGGAUGAAACCUACUUGAACUAUUGUAAAGAUCGGAGCCCUUUUAUCAGGGCUCCUAGAAAAAGUGACCUUGUAAUGCCAGACCAAGGUCGCGCAUUGGCCCAUGAACUAGGCAUAUAUUACUACGAGACAUCUGUGUUCACCUACUACGGCGUCAACGAAGUUUUCGAAAACGCCAUCAGAGCUGCGUUGAUAGCGAGGCGGCAGCAGAGGUUCUGGAUGACGAACCUUAAGCGGGUUCAACGACCGCUUAUACAGGCACCGUUCCGGCCACCUAGGCCUUUAGAGCCUGAUGUGGUCAUCGUAAACAGCGUAUUUUUGGAAAACAUGACCACGUUAUUACGACAGCAGUAUUUCUCGGAUAUGGUAAUAAUCUGCGGCGCGAAGGGAUUCCCGGUACAUCGUUUUGUUAUGGCGGCCGCUUGCGAGGCGUUUCAUCGUCUGCUCACAACAGAUUGCGUCAGUUUGUCCGCGGAGCUUGCUAGGAGCUCCAGUGAAAGCAGUAUGGUAAGCAGUAUGGGGGAAGCGACGGCGGGUGAAUUUAACGAAGACACAGAAUAUUUAAUUCGACAAGAUCAAGCCAAGCAAAUGAGAGUAUGGGAUCAGAUCAAACGUCGUUCAUCGUGUCAGAUUCUACCGAUUAGUGAUAACUGUAAGAGACCGCCAGACUUAUAUAGAGAAGUGAACCAUCCUGCCAUUAUUUCUAUCCGAGUGGUUAAGUGCGAAAAAAUCCAACAUGCAACAUCUCAAACUCAGACAAUCGUAACUAUGAGCAAGCUCAUAUCGCAGACUGUUAUGCAAGAGAUUAUAAACUUCGUCUACACUGGCGUGAUGGAUAAUACGGCUUUCAAACAACAGGAGAUACGCCAAGCGGCCGAGUUGCUCGGUUUCCACGAGCUGACGAAGUUGAGCCAGUUCAUAUUGGACCAACAUUUGCUGUUCGACAAGGGGUUCAUGCAUCAGUUCCAUACGCCAUUACCACAAAGGAUGCGUGACAUUUGCGUGGAGCAGAAUCUGUUUGCGGAUGUGACGUUCGACCUUGACGAUGGGAUACACUUGGCUCACAGGUCCAUGCUCAUGGCGCGAUGCGACCCCAUGAAGGCGAUGUUUCAAGGGCAUUUCAGGGAGAGCACUUCUAGAGUGAUUGCAUUCCCCGGAGUUAAAAUGUACGCUUUCCACAUUCUCCUGUGCUACAUUUACUCUGACAAAGUGCCGACAGUUGAACCGGUUCGAUGCUUAGAAUUACUGGAGCUGGCAAAUAGGCUGUGCAUGAACCGACUCGUCAAUCUGGUGGAAGCCAGGGUCAUUGAUACACUGCAGCAUCAGGACAGAGUUGGUGAUGAUGACCAGGUCGUCGAAAUAGCCCUAUCUUUACUGGAGCCUGUAAAGCUGCACAACGCACACAACCUGUCGGAGUGGUGUACAUGGCGUCUGUGCGGCGCGUACGACCGCGUGUGUCGCGCAAAACACCUCAGUCUGGCUUCCCGGGAGUACUUAGCCGACAACCGCUGGCCGCCCGUCUGGUACGUGAAAGAAUUUGAUUACUACCAAAAGUGUGUCACGGAGCUGUCGAAGGAUCAAAAGGAAAUCCGACCGACCACCUCGCUCCAAGCCAACCAACAAACUGGCUGUCUUUGUUUUACCAGUAAAGGUCGCCGGGAAAGCGGCACGGUAGCCGAUGCGACGACCGCAUUGUGCCGCACUGAGCCGCAACAACCGCCGCUCUGACAUCUACCUUACUGGAGAUCGCUCCGUUUUGCGGUUCUCCUGCCAGUGUCAAUGUGCUUCAUGAGCACGUUACUGACUAUACUAAUACUGUUCCACAUUUACACAUAAACUUUUUAUUAUACAAUUAACAUCGCGUUUUCAUUGCACAAAGUGGUGUGCUGUGUAAGAGGGGGUUGGGUUUUCGAGAGAUUUUUGAAGUAAAGUUACAUAGAACUAUGCAGUGGAAGUUGAUUUGGCUUUGUUUUAAGUACAAAUGGUGGCACGAGGAUCAUUCAAGGUCGUUUUGGCGCGCGAGCAAAAGCCUUCAAAGGUUCUGUUUGGUUAGUUAAAGCAUUAUUUCGAUGCGCUCGAGCUUUCGACUCGUAACUUUGAUCUUUGCACAAAGUAUCGACACGCAAAGUCUACGUGCUUACUGUUGGAUUGUCUAUAAUAUACGGAUCUGUCAGUUAUACAGGAUAUAAGUUCUGUCAUUUGGCCGCAGUACACAUUGAAGUUCUAUUUAUGUCAGACCUAGUGUGAGAUGUUUUGCCUAUUCAGUCCCAUUAAAGUAGACUACGAUUUGUAUGGAAUCGGUAGAGCGCCAUCUAGGGACAAUACUGGGAAACAGUAUUUCGUUUUCAUGUACAUCAUAGUUAACAUUAUAUAUAAGUAUGAAUUAAUUUCACUUGUAUAAACUGUUAAGUACAUAUUAAUUAUUUAACCAGAGCCUUAACAAUUUUGGUCUUUAUAAUGUGAAAGUUUAG